AUGUCUUACAGAUCGUUGCAACAACCAGCUACGACGGUUAUCAAAGCCGAAAACUACGAUUCUCCUCGGUAUAACGAUAGCUUCGAAUAUAACGUGGCAGAUGGUUUCAUGGUGCACGACAACAAGGCGCAGGAAGAGACUUGCAACGGCGAUGUAGUUCAGGGAAGUUACAGCUUAAUCGAGCUUGAAGGUUCCUGGCGCACCGUCUCCUACGCGGCCGAUUCUAUCAACGGUUUUAACGCGGUCGUGCAACGGGACCCAGACAUCACGGUUAAAACCAUCCCUGUCGCUGCACCCCUUCCUGCAGCGACGUUAUACUCCGUGAUCGCUGCAGCUGCACCAGCAGCAGUUACAGUCCACAGGUUGACGAUUGUCGUGGAUGCACCCCUGCUGAGGCAGCCGUUCAUCUCCGGAUCCACGCUAGCCGCGACGAAUGUUGUCGUCGUGAAUUCAGGACUGGUGGUGAAUUCAGGUCUUGGUGAAGGCUUGGGAGUCAGAUCGAGAUCUCUCUAUGGUGCACAGACCGUGGUUGCGUUAUGGCAGUGGCAAUGUUGUGAAAAUUCACUAAGCAGAGCACCAAGCAGCGUGGUUCCGCCUCGAUUGACGCUACUCGGCUUCCUCUUGCGACGCAAUCGGAAAUAA